AGAGUCUCCAGAAAACAAGCCUGUCUAAUUUGGGGUUGUCUGAUUUUGGGAACGAAAGGCGAGUACCAAAUUCAAGAAUCAAACUGGUGUCUAAUGUUGUGAUGCGGUUAUGCCAUCUGCCAAGCCACAGUGUUUUUAGAAUAUGACGUGUUUUACGACUUCGCUACUUUUUUGGAUCUUCAGUUAUGCUUUGAACAAAAGGCUCACCAACAAAGGCUAAAUUAUUCACUGGUUAGAUUACAGGUAACUGUUGGACGUAAAGCAUCACCCAACAAGAGUCCGCAUAAAGCUACUCGAGUGAAUAUGCCACGCACUGGACUUUAGAUAGACGCACAUCGCAAGAUAUUUAAGGGUUACCUAAACGUGAGGCUGUUACAAAACUGGCAAGAUAGAAGGAAAUCCAAGUGCGACACACCCGGCACAUCUGAUUGUGCCCUGCUCUGGUGCCACACCAGUGUUCUUGUUAUUUAUUUAUUUUUGUGAGCCGGGACUCCUCCCUUUUCUAAUCAAACACAUUCACUUGCUGGAUUUAACCCGAUCCGCUCGCAAAGCGCCUGGAGCUACGAGCGACUGCUACCACCACCACCACCACCACCAUCACCAUCAUCACAGCUGCUGAGCGCAGGGGAGAACGUAAGCUGUGCACACACUCGCGGUCACUAGCGGAAUUGGGCGCGUCUGCUUCGCACUGAGAGCAGGUUUAACAUUUUUGGAUAAAUAUCUCUAAUGAAAUAAUCUUGAUGUGCCUUUGUCUCCUGUGGAUGUUUUCAAUAACUGUCAAAAAAAACGAAACACACUGGUACAGAGUGUGGUACCUGUGAUCUACAAUGCUGAAUAAGCUGAAAAAAGUGUCUGGGUGAUUAUGCAGACAUCCCAGCAUGAAUCUGGUGGACCUGUGGUUAACUCGUUCCCUCUCCAUGUGCCUGCUCUUGCAGAGUUUUGUCCUCAUGAUAUUAUGUUUUCAUUCUGCAAGUAUGUGCCCCAAGGGCUGCCUCUGUUCACAUCUGGGUGGGCUGAAUGUAAGCUGUAGCAAUGCCAACCUUAAGGAGAUCCCAAAGGACCUUCCUCCUGAUACCACUUUACUCUACCUGGACUCAAAUCAGAUAACUUCCAUCCCCAAUGAAAUUUUUAAAGACCUUCAUCAGCUCAAAGUGCUUAACUUGUCCAAAAAUAUCAUUGAAUCUAUUGAUGAGCAUGCCUUCAAAGGAGUAGAAGAAUCCUUGCAAACCCUAGACCUUUCCGAUAAUCGGAUUAAAACUGUGCAUAAGAACACUUUCAACAACCUAAGAGCUAGAGCUCGGAUUGCCAACAACCCAUGGCACUGUGACUGCACCCUCCAGCAGGUUCUGAAAACUAUGGUCUCGAAUCAUGAAUUUGCCAACAGUGUUAUCUGCAAGACAUCAGUGUUGGAGGAGCACGCGGGAAGGUCAUUCUUGAAAGCAGAUGCAGACCUCUGUAAUCUUCCAAAAAAGACCACCGAUUAUGCUAUGCUAGUCACCAUGUUUGGCUGGUUCACCAUGGUGAUCUCAUAUGUUGUAUACUAUGUACGGCAGAAUCAGGAAGAUGCAAGGCGACAUCUGGAAUACUUAAAAUCACUUCCAAGUAAGCAAAGGAAACCUGAUGAAGCUGAUGAUAUAAGUACUGUUGUAUGACACUGUGCAACCCUUGCAUGGACUACCGAAAAGACUGAAAUAAUAACAUUUUAAAAAGCAAAACAAUGUUUAUAUCAUUAGGAAGAAAAGAUUAUUAAGUAAACUAUUAAUUAGAAAUUUUGAAAACAAAAAUUUUUGUUUUAGAAAUGAAUACAUUUUCUGUAGAAGUGUUUAAAUUUCAAGGAAAGGAAGACUGCAAAAGUCAUUACUUGAUAUAGAACGAUAAUGAUAGAUGGAUAACUUUUUGCCGCAUACGUCAUGCUAUCCGGUCCAAAACAAAAAAAAAACAAUGUACGUUUGUGAGCAACAAACAGAGAAACUACUGUGCAAUAUAGUUUUUAUAAUAAGAUGAAAUAAAUUUCAGCGUGGGGUAAAGUGUCAAUUCUAAAAAUUUAAUACUGAUUUCAUUUUUCAAGUCCAAAGACCAAUUCUUCAUUUUCAUAAUAAUUGUACUUAUUGUUCUAACUAAACAUUACCUUCACUGUUUAAAACACGAUUAAAGGAUGUUAUGGUGUCUAAAGGCUCAAGUUCAUUUACGACUACUGGGGCCCAAGUGGUGAGUUACUAGAUGGUCAAAGAGGGAGAGCUUAAUAAAUAUAACCCUCCAUAAAUACUGUUUAAUUAAAAAAUGUCUUCUAAAAAUGAUAUUUUGCAGAUAUUACUUUAUUUGGUCAAUGGGCAAAUAGUCUUUUAGCAAGGGUGCCAUACAGUUUAGUUUGGUUUUUGAGAGUAAAGGAUCUGAAGAUUCAAUAUACAGUAUAUUUUUAUAACAAUAUCUUUUCUUGGGCGGUACAUUAGUUAGCACUGCUGUUACUGGGGUACUGAGUUCAAAUCCCACCCUGUGUGCUGUCUUUGUGGAGUUUGCACUUCUCCCUUUGUACACAUCAGUUUUCUUUGGGAACUGCUUAUAGAUUGAUUUGCAAGUAUGACUGUAGGUAUGUGACUUAAUGUCACUUUGAUGGACUGGAUACUUGUCCAUGUUUUGCUCCAGCCUUAUGCUCAAUGCACCCCCAACCAAUUGGGUGUUUAAAUAAUGGACUGAAAAUGUUAAUGAAUAUUUCUUCAUACAUUCAUUAUGCAACCAAACUGUAAAAUAGCCUCAAAGCAGCUUGACAUGCACACAAUAUGUAUUAUCAUACCACACAUUUAUUAUUAUAAUGGGGAACUGAACUUGGUGUUGUACUACUUGCUGAAGUAACAAGUAAUGCAAUAGUUAUUUUAUUCUUUAUUAAAAUGAGUAAGACAUUUUAUGAAAUUCAGAAAAUUGUUCUUUGAUGUGUAAAGAUUUCUAUUUCCAAGAACUGUUUUUAUUUUUAUAUAUUUUAUAUAAAAUACAUACUGUAUAUAUUUUUUGAGAUUUCCUGUAUAUAAGGUUCUCAUAUUUGUUAAAUAAUAUAUCUAUCUGUUAUUACACCUUAUUUGCAGUUCAGCAUUACUGUGCUUGAAGCCUAUCCCAGCAGCAUAGAGCAGAACGUCGGAGCCGGCCUCGAAUGGGACGUCAGUCUAUUGCUGGGCCAUACUGAGCCAGUUUAAAGCUGCCAAUGAAUCUAACAGGCACCUCUUGGAGUUUUGGGAAGGAAACAGAAAUACCCAAAGGAAAACAUUUACAGACACAGGGAAUAUGUGCAAACUUCACAUAGGAAGUUCCCAGGCCAGGAUUCAAACCCAGGUUUCUGUAUUUACUGUGUGUGUUCACAGUGGUAAACAUUAUGUCUCUCUGGUGCCCAGUAAUUCACCCCUUGCAUCCAGUUGGGAUAGGCACAUUCAGUGGUUGAUCCUGGGCAGUUUAGAUUCUCUGUACACCCACAGUGUAUGAAACAGAGUCCUUUGCAUAUGCUUCAUGAAUUUUUAAUACAAAUGCAAACAAUCACAGAACCAUAUACAAGGCCACCAUCUUUAUUAGUUUAAAAUACCAAGCAAUCAAUUAAAUUUAAAACCAAUCAACUGUUUUACUGUACAAAUUCCAAGAUUAACCUUUUCUAAUCUGUACAACUUUGCUACACUUUUUCAAAAAGGAACUCUAUACACCUUCAGUUAUUGUACAGAGUUACAAUUAUUACAGUCAUUGCAAAUAAUAUAACAUUUUACUGGUGUGUCAUGAAAAUAACAUGCAUUAAUCUAUAGAAGUGUGGGUGGAAGAUACCCACACUUACACUGUGUUUGGACCGGAUGCAUAGGCUGGUUUGCUACUCAGUAAUCGCUACAAUAUCAAAGCAAGGUGUUUUUCCUGGAUCGAAGAAAGACUAAAAAAAUAAUGCUGUAUUUUUGUUACUUAAAAGAACUUCCAAACACUUUUUAUGACUGAAAGAAAUCUGUGAUAAAGUUUGA